AUUUAAAAUUAUUAUUACAAAAUAGCCCUACUUUUACUGAAACAAAAACAAGUGAAAUCAAACUUGGACUGUAGCUUUAAAGCACUUUAGAACAUUAACAAUCAUUAACUCAGCUUCCUGUUCACCUUAACUUUCGACCUACUAAAGAGCCCAUAAGACUGAUUGUGUCAGUAGCAGCGGGUUGGAUCGGGUUUAGUGUUUCAGGCCGAGGUCUUUCACAGGAGUCACCAUGAGCAGCAGCUGUCACAGGUACUCACAUCAAAUGGAUAAACUCAAACACUAAACAAUACUUGACAGAAAACUGUCAAGCUUAGAAAAGUGGGACCAAGGCAAACAAGGAAAAGCCCAGUGGUUGUUGUGUUAAGAUUCCUUCAUGAAUCAUGUAUGAAACACAGGAGUAUGAUAGUCCACCUCAGUACAGUCCACACUACAUUGCCCCAUCAAAUAUGUACACAUCCAGAAGUUGCUACUCUCAAAGAAGCGAGUAUGGCUUAUACUCUUCAGUGCCUGAUGCUCCUCAAACGGAGGGAAACCCUCAGCACUUCUACAGAUGGUUCUCACCACCUGGCAUCGUGAAAACUAUGGAGGGACUGACUGCUCUGCUCUGUUUUGUUAUUUUCGCCUGUGUUGCUUCCACUCUAGUUUGGGAUAUGCACGGCUACGAGGGCAGCAUCGGGGCCUAUGUUGCCGGAUCUGGGGGCAAUGGGAUGGGGUCUGGGUACUAUGGAGGAACCUACGGCUAUCAGAGCUCUUAUAUGACACCCUACUCAGCAAAGGCAGCCAUGAUCUCCAUGGCAGCUCUUAAUUUCGUAGUAUCCUUAGCCAUCCUAGUGGUUAGUUUCUCAAAGACUUGGUGUGUGCGUGGAAAAACGUUUUACCUGACAGUUUUGGUGGUGGAUGUGGUUCUGGCGAUUCUUCAGUGUAUUAUAGACAUCGUAUUCGUCAUUGGGGUGAAUCCCAUGGCCCAGAGUUCACAAAGCAUCAUGUACAACCCCAUCCUGAUGAUGUGUCAGACCUCAUUAGGGACUCCCAGCAUCAGUGCCGGAGCCGGCACAGGCUUCCCAGGGGCAUAUCCGUCCUUUAAUCGAUAUCUUCAUCACUACUGCUUCAUGGAUCCUGAGGAGUCUGUGGCUCUGGUAUGUGGGCUGUUUGUCAUGAUUGCCCUGGUUGUUGCAGCCUAUUUUGCCUAUAAGACUCGAAGCAAAAUAUGGCGUCAUGGCAAACCUAAUAUCUACUGGGAGGAACCGCCUAUCCUCAGAACAAACAGGAGCCAGAAUUCACAAAACUGGCGAAGCACUCAAUACACCCCCACUGUGGUUUUAUCAGAGAAGGCUUCCCCUCAUGUGAAAGCAGAGAACAGCUUCACCUCGCACACUGAGGGAACAGUGAGCAUCUACAGCGAGGGAGCAUACAAAAGCAAUGUGUAUUCUGAGAACGUGAACGGUUGCUCCCCAGAGCCAUUGUACCAGAAUCGGUGGCUGAGCUUUAACCCUGUGGAGGAAGUUGAAGUGCAGAGCAGCUCAGUGCAAGAGAAACCUGUAACGUACGAGGUUGAGGAUGUGCUAUGUGAGACAGGCUACACCACUGCUAGAGAUUCGGCCACUGAAUUAGACGCAUAUGAGUUGGAGGAUUCUUAUUCAGAAAUUACAACCGAUGAACAGCGCACACAGUACAAGAAACAGUUUGAUAUCUGCCUCGCUGAAUAUAAGAACCUCUGUGUAGAAAUGGAUGUUAUCAGCGAUCAAAUGAAUGAACUGAGCCGAGAGUUGGACACCCUCCAUGAGGAAUCCACCAAGUUCCAGGCUGUAGCUGAUGAAUAUAAUCGACUCAAGGAUCUGAAGCGGUCUCCAGAAUACCAGGCUAAGAAGCUCCGGUGUAAAAAACUGAGGCAGGAGCUGUGUCAUAUCAAGCAACUGGUGAAAAAUUAUGACAGAUGCUUUGCAAGGAGAGAGAAGACUAACAUUGCUGAUCAUCAGGAUUUCUUUGUCUAAAACUGUACACAUGUAUGCAUUCACUGUAUACGCCACUAUUUGUCUAGACAUUUACAAGCUGUGCUGAGUGAGUUGUGUCUGUAAAGUUGCAGUUGUUGUAAAUAUUUUUGAUUUUCCUGUAAAAUUAUCUCUUUACUAUUUGAAUGAAUAUAUAUAUAUAUAUAAACCUUUGUAAGGAUGGGUAACAGGCAAAAAAGCUCUCACAAGUACAAAAUUCAAUGUAUGAUACUUUUGUUUAAUCAAGCUGUCAUACACAAGUAUUUAAAAAGACAAAGAUAUUAAAAUGAAAACUGUACAUGUUGCCGUUUUGAUGCGUUUAUGUAUAUUAGACCGCCUGAUACGUUUCAAGGCCUAAAUAUGAGGUAAUAUUAGUCAUUCACAUGUAUGAUAAGGCUAGAAAACUUACAUCUCACAACAAGAGCCAAAUACAACAUGCAGUCACCUGUAAAACGCCCACCAGAGCACUGCUCCACAAAAGACAAAACAGUCAGGCAGUGCCAGUUUCUUACCAAAAACGGCCUUGUAACACAAACAUAGACAGAUAGAUCCAAUCACUCCUCUUUAGUGUAAAGUGAGCAGCUCAAGUGGGAUGAUAAAUGUAAAAACUGACCCAGCCAUGAAAGACAGAAAGUCCGUUUGAGUCUCAACAGACUGUAGAGGUAUUUCUUUUGGUCGACAUACAUAAUCAUACCAGGU